AUGUCAAGGGAGUUUUCAACCAAGAAUUUUUUUACGUCAAUUGCGUUAGAAAUAGUGCUUAAACUUCCUGAGAACUCAGCGGAGGAGAUGCUGUACUGGCCGCCCUUGACUUCCGCUUAUCCAUUGAAAGAAGAAGAAGAGUACGAACGUGAAUCUGAAUUAGUAACUAAUGGGAGUGAAGUUAAUGGUUUAUUUGGAGAUUCUAGUGACCAUGAUGGUUUAAAGAACGUAAAUGGGGCACGGAAGGCAGAUGAGGCAGGUGAGACUUAUGAGGCACUUAAGAUAAAGUCCAAGCGAGACAAAAAUGACAGACUGGAAGUAUUCGACAAGAAAACGAAUCAAUCCAAAACAAUUCGAAGAAGGGGUCAAAGUGAGAAAAUAAGAUUGUGUGGGUUAGAAAAGUCAGAUGGGGUAUAUGAUGCGAAUGAUGUCCAUGAAAGAGCCAAGGAGCUUGAGGAGAUCGUAGACAACGGUAUGAAUUAUUCAACUCAAUCUCGAUCAAAAUCCACAAACAACGAGUCCACACCUACUGGGAAUUUAUCUUUAAGACCGUCUCGUGUCAGUGAUUUACCUUCCAUGGUCACUACCCCUCUAGAAGUAUUGGAGCAUGGUAUAUCUUCGAAUUCUUCAAAUGAGCCUAAAACUAUGGAUUAUGAUGGAUAUCAUAUUGUGACUAGCCAUACUAAUGUUCCCGAGAGUCCAGCUAGUCCUGAAUGGAAAUGGCCGCCUCGUCUUCCUCUCUUAUCGCAAGAGCGCGUCGAACGUCAGGUGUAUGCACAGAAACCGCUUCCUGAUAGCAAUGAGUUCCAGAGUCUUGUGGUGUCAUCUAUGUUCUACAAAAAUAAUCGUCGCUUAAAAUAUCUGGGUAAAUCUAUUCUUGAUUUCACAAUGAGCGCUCUUAUUUUUGAACGAUUUCAAAAAGCCACUUCGACUGAAAUGAGAAUCUUCAAAAAGAAGCUUUUGAAUCAGCGUCAAAUUGAAAAAUGGUCCAGAAUAUAUGAAUUCCAUCACUAUGUUGACGUUGACCACGAAUUUAAACUAGGCCAAAUGGAAUGGCAAGCACCUGACUACGAAGCUGACCCUAGUGGUAACACAUGGUACUCAAAACCACAGGACGAAGAUAUCAGCCCUCUCCAAGAUGCUUUUGAAGCUUAUGUUGGUGCUAUCUAUUUAGAUCCGUGUCUCGGUCCUGAAGCUAUUAAAAGCUGGUUGAGCCUCUUGGCUGAGCCUAUUCUUUCCGGUAAAGAAGAGCCUAGUAGUUGGGAGUAG